AUGCCUACCGUUGAUUCUCUCCAUCAGCAGCGCUCUUCCACCGUUGAUCACCGUGUCUCUUCCAAACGCAAGCUAGACGAUGUCGAUGGCAACUAUGCCGUUUUCUCUGACUUAAUCUCCGUCAGGAUGGGUAAAGACGACACCGAAUCAUCCACCGGCCACAAUCAACAACAACCUCCCUCAAUCUCCUCCACCAAUCAGCUCUCCACACGUGUCUCCGACGCAUCCACCUCAUCAUCGUCCACCAAUUUCCCCUCCUCCUCCUCCGCCCUGGGGACCACACCCUCGCCGCUGCGGCCGUCACAAUCAAGACUUCAAUUCUUUAUCAGGAUGAUCUCAGACGGAACUCACAUUGUGAUCAUCGCGAAUUCGAGCGAUUCCGUUAAAUCGCUUCAUGAACGGAUUCGCGUGAUAACCGAAAUUCCGGUUAUUGAGCAAAGAUUGAUCUACAAAGGUAAGCAAUUGCAAUAUGAAAACAAACUCUCCGAUUACUCUAUCGAGAAUGAUUCGAUUCUUCAUUUAGUCGGCCGAAUACGUAGCACUAGGCAUCCUCGUACUUUCCAAUUGAUUGAUGAUAUGGUUUCUUACAUUUGUCAAAUUUAUAAGUCCAUUUUGCCUUGUGGUGUUCAUUCUUACGCUUCAAAACAUAUAAAGGAGUUGAUGAAUGAGUUCUUUAGUUUGACGCCCAAGGAUGAUAAUGAGGAUGCUUCGGAACAUUUGAAUUGUGUUCCGAUUGUGAUGGAGUUUUGUAAUUUGUUGAGGAAGGUUGGGAGUGAUGAUCCAUUGUAUGCCGAUUGUAGGAGUUGUCUUGGUUCGUUGUUGGAGAAUGGUGGGGGUACUUGUGGGUGGAGGUGUCGUGGAGGGGAGGAGGGGAAGCGAGUUGUUGUUGUGCAGGAGAUUUUUCCAUUUGUUAUUGAGUUGGGGAGAAAGUUGUUUAAAGAGUUGAUGAAGAGUAUGGUGGGGAUUGUGGGGCCGUCGGUGGCUGAUGUUAAGGAUUUUUUGGCGUUUUUGAUACCAUUGCAUAGCGUGAUUUCAGAGCAAGGGGGAUUUAGGGGUCCUAUUUCGAAGCCGUUGAACAAGAGGGCGUUUAAUUAUCCAUUGUAUGCGAAGGAGAUUGAGCAGCUUCAUGUGAUAUUUAUUGAUUUGCUGAAUAUCAUGGAGAAAUGUCUUGAGAAAAUGCAGGAUUCUUCAAAUUUGAAUACGACCGGAGAAGGUGAGUUGAAUCAUACUGGUUGGUCUCAAUAUUUGGCUAUUUUGAAGGAGUUGAAUAACAUUGCUAAACUUUACAAGGGUGCUGAGGAAAGGUUUUGGACGGUUUUGAGGCUUAGAAAGGCUUCCUUGUGUGUGCUGAUUGUUAGAUAUGCAAAACGAACUGAAGAUCAUCAGUGGCUUCUUCGGCAGAAGGAUGUGACUGAUUUUGAGUCUAGGAGGCAUUUGGCUAUGAUGAUGUUCCCUGAGGUGAAAGAAGAUUAUGAGGAGCUUCAUGAGAUGCUCAUUGAUCGAUCACGAUUGUUGGCAGAGUCAUUUGAGUACAUAGUGCAUGCUGACUCAGAGGCACUACAUGGUGGUCUAUUUAUGGAAUUUAAAAACGAGGAAGCUACUGGUCCUGGGGUAUUGCGGGAGUGGUUUUUCUUGGUUACACAAGCUAUAGUUGAUCCUCAAAAUGCCCUUUUUGUGGCAUGCCCAAGUGACCCCAGAAGGUUCUAUCCUAAUCCUGCAUCUAAGGUGGAUCCCAUGCACCUUGAGUAUUUCACAUUCGCUGGGCGAGUUAUUGCAUUAGCUUUGAUGCGCAAAGUGCAAGUUGGCAUUGUAUUUGAUCGUGCGUUUUUCUUGCAAUUGGCCGGGAUGCAUAUUUCUUUGGAAGACAUACGAGAUGCAGAUCCAUGCUUGUAUAGCCGUUGCACAGAGAUUCUGCAGAUGGACCCUGAGUUCAUUGGUUCAGAUGCUUCGGGGCUGACAUUUGUUAGAGAAGUUGAGGAGCUAGGAUCCACGAAAGUUGUGGAACUUUGCCGUGGUGGGAAAGGCAUUGUUGUACACAGCAAGAAUCGGGAUGAAUAUGUCAAUCGUCUCAUUGAACAUCGCUUUGCCACAUCUGUCUCUGACCCUGUAUCUCGAUUUGCGCAUGGAUUCACUGAUAUUCUUUCAACCUCUGGGCAACGGAAGCUCUUCUUUCGGAGCUUAGAGCUCGAAGAUCUUGAUGGGAUGCUAUAUGGAAGUGAAAGUUCUAUCUGCGUGGAAGAUUGGAAGGCACACACUGAGUAG